AUGGAAUGCCAGCAGCUUGCCGACUAUGCGGCGCCCCCGAUGAUCGGGGUCGAGUCGUCUGAAGGCAUGCUCCGCUGGAUCCGGAGCCAUAGCUUUGCAGCCGUCUGGCAGCUGGCGGGCUGGGGGCUUCCCAUCGGCGAGCUGUUUGACCUCGAGCAUCUGAGCCGGGCGUGUCGUCGGAGGGGUCGCUGGAGCUUUUUCUUCAGUAGUGUGCCGCUGAAGGUCCCGGGAGGCGUCGCCAGUCCCCCCAACGGGAUGGCCAUUCUUUAG